AGCUUUGGUCGGUGAGUUGACAGAAGUCAUCGUGACACCGACGCACGUUUUUUUGUUUUUUUUAGAUAAAAGACCUAAAUAUAUAUUUCUCACAUAUUGCACAUUUUUUAUUAUUCACAAUCGAAGAUGGGUGACAAACUGCCAGUGACAGAUAAACAAAUUUCCAACAGUCCGGAAGAUGAUAAUGAUAUUGUUGAUCCAUGGACAGUAAUAAGUAAAUCAGACGCUGGAGUGGAUUAUGAUAAAUUGAUUAAACGAUUUGGUUGCACGUACAUCGAUUCGGAGUUAAUUGAACGAAUAGAAAGAAUAUCAAAAACACCAAUACAUCCGUUGAUUAAACGUGGCAUUUUCUUUUCUCAUCGGGAUUUACAUGCAUUAUUGAACAUGGUUGAGGCCGGAAAGAAAUUUUAUCUCUACACUGGACGAGGGCCUUCAUCUGACUCAAUGCAUGUAGGUCAUCUCAUUCCGUUCAUUGUUACAAAAUGGUUACAGGAGGCAUUCGAUGUUCCACUUGUGAUCCAGAUGACAGAUGACGAGAAGACACUGUGGAAAAAUCUGUCUGUAGAGGAGACAAUGAAAAUGGCACGAGAAAACGCCAAAGAUAUUAUAGCACUAGGAUUCGAUGUAAACAAGACGUUUAUUUUUUCAAAUCUAGAUUAUAUGGGCCGUUGUGCUGCAUUUUACCAAAAUGUUAUACGUAUUCAAAAAUGUGUAACUUUCAAUCAGGUGAAAGGUAUAUUCGGAUUUUGUGAUUCUGAUGUAAUAGGAAAAAUUAGUUUUCCUGCUAUACAGGCUGCUCCGGCUUUUUCUAGUACAUUCCCAUUUAUAUUUGGUGCAGACAAGGUACCAGUACUAAUUCCUUGUGCAAUAGAUCAGGAUCCAUACUUUCGUAUGACAAGAGAUGUCUCACCAAGAUUGGGAUUUAUCAAACCUGCACUUAUUCAUUCCUGUUUUUUUCCUGCUUUACAAGGAGCCAAGACAAAAAUGUCUGCAAGUGACGUUAAUUCGGCUGUAUUUCUAACUGAUACACCGAAGCAGAUUAAAACCAAAAUCAAUAAGUACGCGUUUUCCGGAGGAAGAUCAACACUGGAAGAACACCGUAAAUAUGGUGGUAAUAUCGACGUCGAUGUAAGUUACCAAUUACUGCGUUUUUUUCUUUAUGAUGACGAGAAACUUGAAUCCAUCAAAACGGCUUAUGCGAAUGGAGAGUUGCUAAGUGGAGAGAUGAAAAAAAUUGCCGUGGAAACACUACAACCCAUUGUUGCUGAUCAUCAGACGAAACGAAAGGAAGUGACUGAUGAAAUUUUGAAUCAAUUUAUGACUCCUAGAAAACUGAACUACGAUUUUCAAACUGUAAUAUAUUAAAAAGAAUUUGUUACUAA